AUGCGCCAAAUCAGAAGUUGUGAGCAGCAGGCUAAGAGACGUGCAGCGUCGCUGGAAGCAGGUGGCCUCACUUCCCUCAGUGUGAAGAAGGUCCUAGCGGUGUACACUUUGUCGGAGUGGCAGAAAGAGGCCGCUCUCCAAGCUGCGCAGCAACUAACUACUUUGAAGGCAGAGCACCCGCAAUAUCCAACCAGCGCCUUGGUUGACCGCAUGUUUCUGCAGGCAGACUUAAAUGAUUUGCUGUGCAUGUUUGAUGACACGAACGUCCAGUGGGAGCAAGCGGUUCGCUUUGCGCGGCAAAUGUUGGCAGAGCGUGGAGUGUUUUCCUGGGUUAAGAAGCAAAAUCUCGCACAUGGAACUGCGCCUCUGUCAGCAGAUGUUUUCGACAGACUGAAGCGCGAGAUGCGCGACAACGCUUUGCCUGCACCGGCUCCAGCCACCAGCAGGGGCAUUCGCAAAGCGGUUGCUCGGUGGCGCGCUCGCUGGAGUGUUCGCAGGGCAAAGCUGCGAGAGACGGACCAAGUGGAUCCGGAGCUUUUGCGACAAAAGGUGCACAUGUUCUGGCGCACCGUGUCUUAUGUGACCGCCAAGUGCCAUGCUCUCGAGCAGGAGCCGCUAUGGCUUAACCUUGACGAGACGUCAGUGUCUUACAGCCCCGACUGUUGUCAGGGCUGUGUGGUAGCAAAGAGCCACUGGUGCAACAUGCACCCCGCAGGGCCGCAUCGGCGAGUGCGCCCGGACCGGCGAAGGGGCGCCUUCACCUAUGUGGCCCUCAUUGCAAGCAACCCGGCUGUCCAAGCAGUCCUCCCUCAUUUUUUGAUUAGCAGUUCUGCACGGAUGCCGAAGAAAUUGUUCAAAGCUUAUCACGCAUUGCCAAAGACCAGACUGCAGCUUCUUCGUGCCAAGUCCUCUUGGGCAACCUCGGAAACCAUGAUCUUGAUCUUCAAAGCCCUGAAAGAAGCUGUGGCGCCUUGGGUUCCAAGCCACAAGCCAAUCUUGCUGUUAGACGUGGCAGGCGCGCAUCUUCCCAAGGAAGUUUUACGCGCUGCACGUACGAAUAACAUCCAACUGAUAUUUGUACCUGCCGUGGGGUGUGGGUGUGACAUCAAUUACAUCCAUCACGGGCUGAGAGAAUUCAUGCAGCAUCCAACUGAGUUUCCGCCCCCGGUAAAACCGAGUGCUGCGGAGCUAAGUGUCAUCUGGCCAAAACGGCGCAGAAUGAGCUAUGCCUACAGGAGCCUGUUUUAG